AUGGCUGUUCGCGCUCAGUUUGAGAACUCGAAUGAGGUUGGCGUCUUCUCGACGUUGACAAACUCCUACGCCCUCGUGGCUCUCGGUGCCAGCGAGAACUUUUACAGCGUCUUCGAGGCCGAGCUGCAGGACGUCAUCCCCAUCGUGCGCACGACGAUUGCCGGCACGCGCAUCAUCGGGCGGCUGACGGCGGGCAACCGCAAGGGCCUGCUGGUGCCGACGACGACGUCGGACCAGGAGCUGCAGCACCUGCGCAACUCGCUGCCCGACUCGGUGCGCAUCCAGCGCAUCGAGGAGCGCCUGUCCGCGCUGGGCAACGUCAUCGCGACCAACGACCACAUCGCGCUCGUGCACCCGGACCUGGAGCGCGAGACGGAGGAGAUCAUCGCCGAUGUGCUGGGCGUCGAGGUCUUCCGCCAGACCGUCGCCGACAACGUCCUCGUCGGCAGCUACAUGAGCCUGUCCAACCAGGGCGGCCUGGUGCACCCCAAGACGAGCAUCCAGGACCAGGACGAGCUGUCGAGCCUGCUGCAGAUCCCGCUCGUCGCGGGCAGCGUCAACCGCGGCAGCAACGUCGUCGGCGCCGGCAUGGUGGUCAACGACUGGAUGGCCGUGACGGGGCUGGAUACGACGUCGACGGAGCUCAGCGUUAUCGAGAGCGUCUUCCGGCUGGGCGAGGGCCAGGGACCGAGCAACAUCAACACGACGAUGAAGGACACCAUGGUGGAGAGUUUCUACUGA